GGCUGAACAAGCAGUGAUGCUCCAUCCACCGUUAACCUUGCCCGGGAUCAAAGAGAGGAAAGCUUGAGGAGUGCGCGCAUCAGGACGUCAAAACGCUAAUAACAGAACAGGUGGAAUUUGCAGCGUUUCUACGAUUCUCUCUCAACUGGGAACAUGUUUUCCCACACCAUGUCUGUCAGAAUUGGGAAGGAAUGUCACCAAUGAAUAUCUGUCAAAGAAUUGACUGAAAACACCGCGAGUCUCUUGUAGCCGCCUUGGCUAUCAGCUUCAGCUUCUGACUCCGUGUAUAGUAGCUCACCCGUCAACUGAAAGGACGAUACACGGACCCUACUAUCAUGCCCGCAGAAGUCAACGACCCUGAGAGCAUUUUGAGCUACCAGAGGGCAGAUGAGGAAGUGGUAGUGGACCAAGGAGGAACCAGCUCAGUCCUCAACAUCCACUAUGAGAAGGAGGAGCUAGAGGGCCACAGGACUCUGUUUUUGGGGGUGAGUAUGCCCAUGGGUAGACAGAGCCACCGCCACCACCGCCCCCAUGGCUCACGCCACCGCAAGAAGGACAGGAGGGCAGGGAACGCUACGCAGCAGGACGAGGAGGGAGAGGGGGCCUCAGUCUCUCAUGACACUCCAUCCCAGCGUGUCCAGUUCAUUCUGGGGACAGAGGAGGAUUCUGAACAUGUGGCCCACGAGCUCUUCACUGAGCUGGAUGAGAUCUGUGUCAAAGAGGGCAAGGACGCGGAGUGGAAAGAAACCGCCAGGUGGUUGAAGUUUGAGGAGGACGUGGAGGAUGGAGGAGAGAGGUGGAGUAAGCCCUAUGUGGCCACGCUGUCCCUCCACAGCCUGUUUGAGUUGCGUAGCUGCCUCAUCAACGGCAGUGUGCUGCUGGACAUGCAGGCCAACACCAUCGAGGAGAUCGCAGAUAUGGUGUUGGACCAGCAAGAGGCGUCCCAUGAGCUGGACGACAGUGUGAGGCUGAAGGUAAGGGAGGCCCUGCUGAAGAGACACCACCACCAGAACGAGAAGAAGAGGUCAGGCCAUCACCAGCUCAUCCCUGACAUGGUGCGCUCUUUCGCCGAUGCCGGACGCAAGCACUCUGAACCCCACAUGGACAAGAGCGGUCCAACUGUCUCCCCCCAGCCUCCCGCCACCAACAUAGAGGUAAAAAAUGGAGCCAACCACGACAACAGCCAAGUGGACCUUAGCAAGGUGGACAUGCACUUCAUGAAGAAGAUUCCUACAGGAGCCGAGGCCUCUAACGUCCUGGUGGGAGAGCUGGACUUCCUGGAGAGACCUGUGGUGGCCUUCGUACGCCUCUCCCCUGCCGUACUGCUCACUGGCCUCACUGAGGUCCCCAUACCCACCAGGUUCAUGUUCAUCCUCCUGGGCCCAGACGGAAAGGCUCAGCAGUACCACGAGAUUGGCCGCUCCAUGGCAACCAUCAUGACUGACGAGAUUUUCCAUGAUGUGGCAUAUAAAGCUAAGGACCGCAGUGACCUGCUGGCUGGUAUAGAUGAGUUUCUAGAUCAGGUAACCGUUCUGCCCCCCGGGGAGUGGGACCCUUCCAUCCGCAUCGAGCCCCCCAAGAGUGUCCCCUCUCAGGAGAAGCGGAAAAUUCCAGGGAUGCCCAAUGGUACGACCUGCCCUGUGGAAGAGGAGUUUCACGCAGAACAUCAUGGUCCUGAGCUCCAGAGAACAGGAAGAUUGUUUGGAGGUCUGAUCCUGGACAUUAAGCGGAAGGCUCCGUUCUAUCUGAGUGACUACAAAGAUGGGUUGAGUCUUCAGUGUGUUGCCUCCUUCCUCUUCCUCUACUGCGCCUGCAUGUCCCCAGUCAUCACCUUCGGAGGCCUGCUGGGGGAGGCUACGGAGGGACGCAUUAGUGCCAUUGAGUCUCUGCUGGGAGCAUCCAUGACAGGAGUGGCCUACUCUCUGUUUGCUGGUCAGCCUCUCACCAUCCUGGGUAGCACAGGCCCUGUCCUAGUCUUUGAGAAGAUCCUCUUCAAGUUCUGCAAGGACUAUGACCUGUCCUACCUGUCUCUGAGGACCUGUAUCGGCCUGUGGACGGCCUUCCUGUGUCUCGUCCUGGUGGCCACAGAUGCCAGCUCCCUGGUCUGCUACAUCACCCGCUUCACAGAAGAAGCCUUUGCUUCCCUUAUCUGCAUCAUCUUCAUUUACGAGGCUCUGGAGAAGCUCAUCCACCUGGGGGAACACUACCCCAUCAACACCCACAGCGACCUGGACAAGCUCACACUGGCAUACUGUCGGUGUGCAGAGCCUGAUAACCCCAGUAAUAUAACCCUGGAGCUAUGGAGUCAUAAAAACAUCACUGCUUCUACUGUGCCUUGGGCCAACCUUACUGUCAAGGAGUGCAUAGAUCUGCAAGGCCACUUUGUGGGUACAGCUUGUGGACACCAUGGCCCCUACACCCCUGACGUACUCUUCUGGUCGGCCAUCCUCUUCUUCGCCACUGUCUUCAUGUCAGCGUUCCUCAAAGAGUGUAAGACCAGCCGAUAUUUCCCCACCAGGGUGCGGUCCAUGAUCAGUGACUUUGCGGUCUUUAUCACCAUUGUAUUUAUGGUCAUGCUUGACUUCCUGAUUGGAAUCCCCUCGCAGAAGCUGCAGGUACCCAGCAACUUUAAGCCCACCCGAGAUGACCGUGGUUGGUUGAUCAACCCGAUAGGUCGAAACCCGUGGUGGACAGUCCUGGCUGCCUCCAUCCCUGCUCUGCUCUGCACCAUCCUCAUCUUCAUGGACCAACAGAUCACCGCUGUCAUCAUCAACCGCAAGGAGCAUAAACUACUGAAGGGCUGUGGCUAUCACCUGGACCUGCUGAUGGUGGGGGUGAUGCUGGCUGUGUGCUCCAUUAUGGGCCUGCCCUGGUUCGUGGCAGCCACCGUGCUCUCCAUCUCCCACGUCAACAGCCUGAAACUGGAGUCAGAGAGCUCGGCCCCCGGGGAACAGCCCCGCUUCCUGGGCAUCAGAGAGCAGAGGCUCACAGGCCUGGUCAUCUUCCUACUGAUGGGCCUCUCUGUCUUCAUGACUGGGGCUCUGCAGUUCAUUCCCAUGCCUGUCCUGUAUGGAGUAUUUCUCUACAUGGGAGCCUCGUCUUUGAGGGGGAUACAGUUUUUUGACCGUCUAAAGUUAUUUGGUAUGCCAGCCAAGCACCAGCCAGAUUUCAUCUACCUGAGACACGUUCCCCUGAGGAAGGUGCACCUGUUCACCAUCACCCAGCUCACCUGUCUGGCCCUGCUCUGGAUCAUUAAAACCUCCAAGGCUGCCAUUGUCUUUCCCAUGAUGGUUCUGGCUCUAGUGUUCAUCCGUAAGUUGUUGGACCUUUGCUUCACUAAGAGGGAGCUGAGUUACCUGGAUGACAUAAUGCCUGAGAGCAAGAAGAAACAACUGCAUGACGCCUCCAAGAAUGUUGACAUUGAGCAGGAUGAGGAGAUUCUGGGUACAGCAGUAGAGGAUAAGACCUCAGUCCAUAUCCCCAUGGAGAGCAGCAAGCUCCUGCAGUUCCCCAAAACACACGACCCCAGGUGUGACCCUUCUGAUAUUAACAUAUCUGAUGAGAUGUCUAAAACCACCGUAUGGAAAUCCCUCAACGCCAACCAAAAGGACAGUCGCAUGGGGGCUGCUAAGAAGGAUUGAAAUUGAAGGUCUGGAAUUUAUAGAUCAGUGAGAGUGGAACCAGAUGACUACAGAGGCUGUGAGCUACACUUCAAUAAGCCAGACCCAUAGGUCAUAGAGCAUUUCUAAUGCCCCCUUGUGUUUAGGCUCACACACAUCUUUAACCGAAACACCUCCUCUACAAUACCGGGACCCCAAGAUUCCUAACGGCUGCUCUCAUACACCCCCAACACACACACAUUCCCUCAAACAACCAGAACCACAACAACAGUAACAACAACAAACCUUCAGAACAGCCUUGCUGUGUCUAUGAGAAUGCUCCUUCAAACCCAAACCAGGUUCUUUUUUAAAUCACAGACUCUACUAGUAUGUUAUCUUUACUUUAAAGAGUUGGUCUUUUUCUUUACUGUACCAUACGUGUGUUUUCUAUAACGUGGUGUUCUUGUCAAAUGUAUUUUUAAAUUCUAAAGUAUAUUAUUGGAUUAAUAAUGUAGAGAUAUUUAACUUUGGACAUAAAAUCGGUGUCUGUUUUUGUGCAACGUAUGAUAUGAUAAUAUUGCUAAAAGAGACCGUACUUCAGUUCAACCAGUGAAAUCAAUCAUUUGAUUAGGCUCUAUAAUAAUCUGUUACCUUUGUGGAUAUAUCUGUGUUAAAUAUAACUGUUCAGAUUGGAAGCUCCUGUACAGAAUGUAUGUGAUCUUCUGUUUCUGUCCAUGUGUUUUACCUCAGUCGACCUCUUUGGAAUUGGGAACUCUUGUCAGGCAGUAUGGGUAGGACCUUAAGUUUUUCCAGAUCAUGUAAUCUGGGUUGUUCCUGAUCAGGUCACAUGGUCAGGAACAACACACAGCGCCUAAGUAUGGGUAACACUGUAAAAUGUUAGAAGCCAGAGGAGAGUAGCAGUGGAGCCUAGAGUAGUACAGGACCACACCUAGAAAUGACUCACCCAAAUGGCCAGAAUACAUACCUUUUGACUGUGUGUGUGCAUUUCUGAGAGAGUUUAAUAUAUGGGCAUCCAUAAUUCAUCGGCAAAACCAAUAUGAGCAAUAAAUUAGCCCAAAUGAAUGGCCCUGUGCAGAAGAUCUACAUACCACUGAAUCUACCUACACUAAACACACUUACUGGACCUGAUUGUAGAUGUUUCAAUGACCUCCACGUUUUGAGGACAUUUAAUUUCAUUGAUAAACCUGUCCAUUUCUUCUCAAAGGUGCAUCAUUCCUCCUUACUCUACUCUCUUCUGUUGAUUACUGAUCUCAGAUCUGUAAUUAUAUUAAGGAAUGAAGGAAGGAUGUAUUUGAACAGCACCCUAAUCCAGUAAAUUGGGACCACAUCCCUUACUGUGAUGUGUGCUCUUUGCUCCUAGACUAGUGCCAGUUGGGAGGCGAGAAAACAUACUGGCACAGUAUUCCUCAAUAACAUACAAUGAAUUUGUAGUUGCACAUUGUAUAGAUAUAGUAUAUAUAAUAUAUGUUUUAUUUUCAAGAAACUGAGUAAGAGAUUAUGUAUGACAGUAAUUUAUUUUAGAAUAUGAAUGUUAAAACGGCCACUUUCUGUAUAUAGUGUAAUAAAUGGGACAAUGUGCUAACAGGAAGCCUAAGGAAUGCAGCACAGAAAGCAUCUAAAUACUAAUGUAAUAAGAAUGACUCCACGAGAAUAUAUCCUCCCAUGUUUACAAGAUGUCUACCACCACUAAAUCCAACUGCCUACGACUGAGAAACUUCAGGAAUGUGUCCAAAAUGAUGAUAAUUGUAAUUUUGAUGAUGAUUGUCAUGAUCGUUAUCAUUUCUAUACAUCCCCAUGGCUAUUGCCAAAGUGGCUUUAAGUACAGUCUACAUGCAGUAAUAAUACCCGUACAAAGAUCAUGAGAGAUACAGCAUCUUGCUUCAGAUAAAGCCAUGAUUGUUUGUCAAUAGUCAUCUUGACAUGGAUCACCCAAUGGGUUCAAUAGAUUACAUUCCUCUUUUUUCCAAACCUGAUGGAAAUACUAAUGGAUGGAAUGUAAGAAACAUUGUACUGAGGAGUAACUAGGAAAUAUUGUAUUGUUUUUGAUACAAUGUGGUGAUGUUAUACCUCUCAACUUCCAUUUAAAUCAUCCAAUCAUUUUGUUUCUUUGUCCCAGACAACAGUAUGAAAUGGCUUUGAGAAUAAGUAAAAGUACAGUGUGACACAAACACAAUAAAAUAUGAGAAUUCAAACAAUAUAAAACAGUAACAGUCAAACACUUAAAAAAGCCAAACUUGAAAUACACAAACCACAAAACAUACAGUGAAAGCAGAACAUACAUUUAGAGAAAGAAACUAAACUCAAAAUGUGAUUUAAAAGGCCCGGGGCAGUUAAAACAUUGAUUUUCCUGUGUUUAUAUAUAUUUCCACAUUACUAGGUUUGAUAAUGAUAAUAAACUGUUUGAGAAGACCGCCAGAAAUUCCAGCCUGUAUUAAAAACACAGUUUAAGAUUGUUGUGAGUGGUUUCUCCAGUAGUUUGACUGGGCAAUGGAGCGUCCUGGGAAAAUGUUGUCAUAGGUUGCAACAGUAACCAAGGGGGUCAGGGCUUAGCAAAGGGUCAAUUGUUACCUAAAAAUGAUUUGAUAUUGAGAUACAAAUGGCUGCAUUGGACCUGUAAGCAAGCAGAGAUACUGUACAUUCACACACUGUUAGUGGAUGGACCUGUAAGCAAGCAGAGAUACUGUACAUUCACACACUGUUAGUGGAUGGACCUGUAAGCAAGCAGAGAUACUGUACAUUCACACACUGUUAGUGGAUGUGCUCUCAGAAAAGACUUGAAUAAUUCAGCAAAGCAAUCUUAAAAAUGACAAUGAUUAGUUUUAUGUGAUUGAGAAAUAAAAAAAAUGAUUCAAACAAUGUGUUCUUCAAUGUAUACAGUGUCUUCAGAAAGUAUUCAUACACCUUGACUUAUUCUACAUUUUGCUGUGUUACAGCCUGAGUUCAAAAUUGUUUAAAUAUUUUUUUUCUCACCCAUCUACACACAAUACCCCAUAAUGACAAAGUGUAGCCAUAUUUUUUUAGAAAUUUAGCAAAUGUAUUGAAAAUAAAGUACAGAACUAUCUCAUUUACAUAAGUAUUCACAACCCUGAGUCAAUACAUGUUAGAAUCAACUUUGGCAGUGAUUAGAUUUAAAGUCUUUUUGCAUUAGUCUUAGCUUUGCGCACCUGUAUUGUACAGUAUUUGCACAUUAUUAUUUUUGGAUUUAUGUAAGCUCUGUCAAGUUGGUUAUUGAUCAUUGCUAGACAACCAUUUGCAAAUCUUGCCAUAGAUUUUUAAGCCAAUUUAAGUCAAAACUGUAACUAGGCCUCUCAGGAACAUUCAAUGUCAUCUUGGUCAGCAACUCCAUUGUAGAUUUGGCCUUGUGUUUUAGGUUAUUGUCCUGCUGAAAGUUUUAUUAUUUUUUAUUAUUUAACCUUUAUUUAACCAGGCAAGUCAGUUAAGAACAAAUUCUUAUUUUCAAUGACGGCCUAGGAACAGUGGGUUAACUGCCUGUUCAGGGGCAGAACAACAGAUUUGUACCUUGUCAGCUCGGGGGUUUGAACUUGCAACCUUCCGGUUACUAGUCCAAGGCUACCCUGAUUUUGUCUCCCAGUGUCUUGGGAAGCAGACUGAUCCUCUAGGAUUUUGUCUGUGCUUAGUUCUAUUCCAUUUAUUUUUAUCCUAAAAAACUCCCUAGUCCUUGUCGAAGACAACUAUACCCAUAACGUGAUGCCACCUCCACCAUGCUUGAAAAUAUGAAGAGUGGUACUCAGUGAUGUGUUGGAUCUUUGUAGUGACUGCGUGUAUUGAUACACCAUCCAAAGUGUAAUUAAUAACUUCACCAUGCUCAAAGGGAUAUUCAAUGUAAUAUAAUAAUAAUAUAUGCCAUUUAGCAGACGCUUUUAUUCACUGCUUGACUGAGGGACCUUACAGAUAAUUGUUUGUGUUGAGUACAGAGAUGAGGCAGUCAUUCAAAAAUCAUGUUAAACACUAUUAUUGCACAUUGAGUCAGUCCAUGAAGCGUAUUAUGUGACUUGUUAAGCACAUUUUUACUCCUGAACUUAUUUAGGCUUGGCAUAACAAAGGGGUUGACUACUUAAUGACUCAAGGCAUUUCAGCUUUUCAUUUUCCAUUAAGUUUGAUAUUAAGGGUUACUGUGUGUAGGCCAGUUACACAACAUCUCAAUGUAAUACAUGUUAAAUUCAGGCUGUGUGAAUACUUUCUGAAGGUACUGUAUGUCAGUAUGUGCUGCCCCGGCUGUUCUGUCGAGUGUGUGUGUGUGUGUGUUGAGACUUUGACGGUGUUCAGUGCAGUGCAGUCAGUGUUACUGUGUCCUCACCCCCAGUCUCAGACUUUUUCUCUGAGAUCAUACACUUCUGGUAUUAGCUGUGUUUACCCAAUGUUAUUGAGUGUGUCCGCUCCUCUCUUCCUCCCAUCCUUUCCCACUCUCCUCUUCCCCUCCUCUUCUCCUUCCCUCCAUGUAGUGAGUAGAUGAGUCAUAGUGUACAGUGUCAGACAGUGCUUUUCUGAUGAAUACAAGAUUGGCCUUGUGUCCACAAUUAAUUUAACAGACAAGGUCAAAGAGAAAGAGAGGGAUGAGAGGAGGGGCGGGGUGAGAGAGAAAUUAAAGGGAGGGUGAGAGAUACAGAGGGCUUAGAGCGAGAGAUUUUCAGGGAGAAAGAUGCCUUGUCUGAAAAAUAUUGAAUGCUUAGUACAUAGCAAAAUUAUUCUAAAUGUUUUAUAUGUGUAAUGUCAUUUUUGAUUAUGGAAACAUGGGAAAUAAACCAUACAUCUUUAAAAGUA